AAAGUCUCCCAUUAAUUGUUUUGGAUACAUAAACAAAAUGAUGAGCUCAGGAUCAGAGGCUAAGCUUCCGGUUAUAGAUUUCUCAACCCAAACCUGAAACCAGGCAGCCCUGGAUGGGAUUUGGUGAAACACCAAGUCCGUGAAGCAUUGGAGGAGUACAGUUGUUUCGAAGCUUCGUUCGACAAUGUCGUCGAGCUUCGAAACUCUGUAAUGGUAGCCUUGAAAGAGGCCUUUGACUUGCCUUCAAAACAAAAAGGCUCUAUGUUUCGGACAAGCACUUUUAUGGGUAUUUCGAGUCUUCAACAGGAUUGCUCGAAAGUCUAAUGGUUGGUGAAGCACAGGUUGCUGAAAGCAUCGAACAAGGCCUCACUACCACCUUGUGGCCUCAAGGAAACAUAAGCUUUAGUAAAACUCUGGUCUCUUUCACGGAGGUUUCUUUAAGAUUAGAGAAGACAAUUAGGAGGAUGAUCUUGGAGAUUUUCGGUGUUCACAAGUACGCCGAUGAGCUCGACGACAACACGAAUUACAUGCUGAAGCUCAUGAAGUAUAAUGUGCCGCCGAACGGCGAGCCGACCAGCGGGGUGUUUGCUCACCGCGACAAGAAUAUGGUGACCCUAUUGUAUCAAAACGAGAUUGAUGGAUUGCAGAUUGAAAACAAAGAUGGUGAAUGGAUGAAUGUAAAACCCUCACCCAACUCUUUCAUAGUUAUGGUGGGAGACUCACUCAACGCAUUGUUAAAUGGAGGAGUGUCUCCUACAUGUCAUCAUGUGUUGAUGAAGGGGAACAAGGCAAGGUACGGUUUGGGAUUGUUUUCAGGCACAGUAACAGGGUACCAUGUCAAGGCACCGGAAGAGCUUGUGAAUGACAAAAAUCCCAUCAUGUUCGAACCCUUUGACUACGAAGAAUAUUUGAGGUUUUACUUUGCCCAGGUCCCUCUUGGACGUGCUGGAUCUACUCUCCAAGAUUAUUGUGGUGUUUAAAAUUUGGGCAUCAAUGUUUGUUGCAUUGUCUGAUCA